GAACCUUAGUGGCUGAUCACUUGUCCUUCUUUGACGCGUCUCCCCUUCAUCUUUAGAUCCUUUCAACGGUACAUAAAAAGAGAGAGAGAGAAAGAGAGGAUCUAAAUUCACAUCUUUGUCACAGAUAUGUUUGGACUUUUCAAAUCUCCAGGGAACAACAAAGUUCCCAAUGAAUCAUCAAACAACAAAGGAGGAGGAACCAUCAACGCAGGAAGAAGAACAACUUCUGAACCAAUCCUAAUCACACCAGAUUUCGACGAGGAUGACGACAAGUACAAGAAGGGUUUCAGCAACUCUGGUGAUCUGCAGAGCCAAACUACGGAGGACUUAGAGAAGUACGCGGUUUAUAAAGCCGAAGAAACAACCAAAGGUGUCAACAACUGUCUUAGGAUCGCUGAAGAUAUAAGAUCGGAUGCUACAAAAACGCUUGAUAUGUUGCACGCGCAAGGUGAACAGAUUAACAGGACUCAUGUUAUGGCUGUUGACAUGGAUAAAGAUCUCGGUCGGGGAGAGAAGCUUUUGAACAGCUUAGGAGGAAUGUUUUCUAAGCCAUGGAAACCUAAGAAGGGUAAAGAAAUCACAGGACCUAUGAUCACACCAGAUAAACCGUCGAAGAAGAGCGGGAAUAACAAGGAAGAACGAGAGAAACUCGGUUUGGCUGCGAAAGGACGAUCCAGUAGCCAACCGAUACCGUCAGACCAACCAACAAGUGCUUUGCAGAAAGUGGAGCAAGAGAAGGCAAAGCAAGACGACGGACUUUCAGAUUUGAGUGACAUUUUGGGUGAUCUUAAGGGCAUGGCCCUUGACAUGGGAUCUGAACUCGACAAGCAAAACAAGGCUCUUGAUCAUCUCGACGGAGAUAUUGAUGAGCUGAACAAUCGUGUUCAAGGAGCUAAUCAACGGGCACGUCACUUGCUUUCCAAAUAAACCACCUUCCCAAACCAAAAAAAAAACUACUAUGUCCUAUAUGUAUUUUAUAUAUCUUUACGUUCGUACAGCUCUGAAAUUCUCUUCUUUGUUUCAUUCUUUGCUAUAAUAAUUG